GCGCAAUCUUGGCAUACGACAACUUUGAGGGACGAACGGUCCAACACAGAGCUGACAAGGCCGAGAAGACCUACAAUCAGCUACGCAAAGUCCUGCGCAGCAACGGGGCGCUGACCGCGCCCUACCGGCUACGCAUUUACAAUGCCAUUGUUGUGAGCUCCCUCCUCUAUGGUCUAGUCAGCGUUGGCAUCACGGCUGAGGUUGUGCGGAAGGUCUCAUCCGACAUCGCGGGGCACUUGCGCAAGGUACUCAGAAUCUAUGAGCACGGGGUUGCAAAUGAAGAAGUUCUUCGUCGGGCAGGUCUCUCACCAACUGCCAUUCUCAGUCAGCGUGCACACAGGCUACGCAAACAUAUACUCCAAGAUCAAGGGCGAGCUGCUGGCCUCAGGCGCAUUGAGCUUGCACGGAUACAGACCAUCCUUGUACAACUUGAAGUACUGAUAGCGAAGCCUCCAGGUCUUACUCUUCAACACGUCUCCAAGGCUGAAAUCUGCGCCGUCAGUUGUCCAGUAUGUGGCCUAGAGUAUGGCACGGUCGAAGGCCUUUCGAUGCGUCUACAUCGACGACAUCCGGAGGUUCAGGAGGACUCCAGGCUAGCACUGGACCGACAGCAGCAUGCUUUGUUUGGGGUUGCACCAAAGCAGAGCUACUUGCCACUACUUGCACUUGUCGAGCAAGAGGAAGCCCGGGCGCCACCGAAGCCUCCAGAUGAUGCACUGGCUGAUUCUGCACUUCAGGUUGCCAGGGAUCUGCUUGGUUCUCCAAACGACAAGCUGGUGCAGAUUGGAUCAAACCGCACUGGCAAGCGCAACAUGCAGGUUUUGCGGGAGUCAGGCCAAGAAUACCAGGGAGCACGUGGCAACACGCUUCAGGAAGCAGCGCAGACGACGUUCUCGGCGCCACAGGCACGCAAGUCCACAGCUCCCAAGCAGAAACUCAUAGCAGAUAUGUUCGGCAGCUCGAGAUCCUCAGAGAAAUCCAAAAGCGUCGUCCCCUUGGAUAACAAGAAUGCGGUUGUUGUUCAGCCUCCACCAGACAUCCCACCGCCACCCGCUCCCAGGUCGAGUGCAAGCGAAAAUGAGUCUCCGGAGAGGUGGAUACUCAGCCUUGUCCUCAGCAACCCCCACAACCACUGCUACGCCAAUGCUGGCAUGCUGGCAUUGUUUGCGGCCUUGCGCACUACUCCUGCGUAUCCUGGCUCUCUACAGGUCCUCAAGCAGACGGCCCAGAAUGCUGCGGUGAAUGGCAGGCCCUUAACUUUGUGUAAGCAGUUUGUCCUUCGCAGCUUGCUACGUCAGUGGCGAUUUGGUCCAGAACAACAGGACACCAUUGAAUUCAUCACAUUGUUGCUGCAGGCAGCCAGGGUUGAGGUGGGCAGAUGGGAGUCACGCAUAGACAGCCACAGCUCCGUUGAGGUGUAUAUGCGGGGAGCUGGUCCCAUCGCCUUGCCGGCGCUGGGGACAGUUGGUAAUCUUCAGGAGGCCUUCCAAGCUUGGCAUCAGCAGGGCUCACUUCAUGCACUUUGCAAUCGCCCUGCCAUUCUACUUGUGUACUUGGCUAGGUAUGUGGGAGAUGGCAAGUCGUUCACAGAGGUUAUCUUUCAUGAAGAGGUCAAGGUGCCAGUCUUUACACAGGACAUGCAGGUUGAAUGGGAUGCGUACCAGCCUGUCUCGGCAGUUCUUCACUUCGGCGCCACGCCCGCGGCCGGCCACUAUCGCUCGCUCCUCAGGAUUCAAGAGCGUUGGUACUUUACGCAAGAUGGAGUUGCAGCAAAGCCGCAGGGCCUCUUGCGUCGUCACAGGAAAAAUGUCUAUGCAAUUUGGCUCCAGCGCAAAGCCAGAGCCGAUCCC